ACUACAUACAAUAACAGUCUCUGUGUCCCUGUUACAUCACUCCCCCCUGUGAUCAAGUUCGUCCCGAAUGUCGGUUCCGUAGGGGGUACUUACAUGCAGGCCUCGGGGCACUGUUCGAAGUGUUGGACGUGUUCGAAGGCGAGCGAUCAUUCGAUGUCGGCGGUUGAACAGCGUUCGUAUCCACCGAUGUGGGUGUUGUCUCCGGAUCAGAGGCACUGUCUGAAGCGUGGUCAGCUGAAUCCUCUGAAUCCAGACCACUAUCUGAGGUGGUGUCUGCCUCUCCAGGGUCUGCAGGCGUGUGAGCAUCCAGCACCCUAGACACCCAACGUGGUGGUCGUCCAGGCCCACGG